AUGGCUCCGACCAAUCGGCUGUCGCCGUGGCGGACGGCUCCAGCACCGCUGCUGCUUCUCGCCAUCGCUUCCUGUUUCCUGUCCGAGUCAGCCGCGACCACACCCUUCCCCAAAGACCUGCAGCCAAUCAGCGUGGUCCACUCGGAGCAGUCCUACCAGUUUCCGGGGUUUCAGGGUCUUCUUCAGGACAACGACACGCUGCGUCUGGGUCUGGACUUCCAGAGGCUGCUACGUGUCAACCACAUGUUGUACAUCGCUGCCAGGGAUCAUGUGUUUGCCGUGAACCUGACGACGGCUUCAGCCCACUUCGUCCCACAGCUGAAGCUGACGUGGCACUCCAAAGACGUCAGCAAGUGUACAGUGAGAGGGAAGAACAGCGACGAGUGCUACAACUAUGUCAAAGUGCUGGUGCCGCGAAAUGACGAGACGCUGUUUGCCUGCGGGACCAACGCCUUCAACCCCACCUGCCGAAACUACAAGAUGACAUCCUUGGAGCAGGUCGGAGAGGAAGUGGUCGGUCAGGCUCGCUGUCCCUUUGAGUCCGGACAAUCCAACGUUGGACUGUUCGCUGGCGGAGAUUUCUACUCGGCCACCAUGACGGACUUCCUGGCCAGCGACUCGGUCAUCUACAGAAGUCUCGGAGACGGCCGACCGGUGCUCAGGACCGUGAAGUACGACUCCAAGUGGCUCCGAGAGCCUCACUUUCUGCACGCCAUCGACUACGGAAACUACGUCUACUUCUUCCUCAGUGAGAUCGCAGUGGAGUACACCGCCCUGGGCAAGGUGGUGUUUUCCCGAGUAGCCCGUGUUUGUAAGAAUGAUAACGGAGGGUCUCCCCGAGUCCUGGAGAGAUACUGGACUUCUUUCCUUAAGGCUCGUCUGAACUGUUCGGUUCCCGGAGAUUCGUUCUUCUACUUCGACAUUCUUCAGUCUCUCACCAACGUGCUGCAGAUCAACCAGAGACCGGCUGUGGUCGGAGUCUUCACCACACAGGCAAACAGUAUUCCCGGCUCAGCAGUUUGUGCUUUCUACAUGGACGACAUCGAGAAAGUUUUCAACGGGAAGUUCAAGGAACAGCGGACCAGCGACUCUUCCUGGACUCCCGUACUGGACGAGCAAGUUCCCCGACCGCGGCCCGGGACGUGUGCCGGUGACGGUGCUGCUGCGGACUACAAGUCGUCGGUUCAGUUCCCCGACGAAACGCUGACGUUCAUCAAGUCGUUCCCUCUGAUGGACGAAGCUGUUCCCUCGGUCAACGACCGACCCUGCUUCACCCGCACAGCCAGCAGGUCCAAGCUGACCCAGAUCGUGGUGGACGUGUCGGCCGGACCCUACAAGGACCGGACCGUGAUGUUCCUGGGCUCGGACGACGGCCGGGUCCUGAAGGUUUUGGCCAGCACGCACCCCAACGACAGCUUCGGAUCCAAACUGCUGGAGGACAUCGACGUGUACAACCCGUCCAAGUGUAACGUUCAGGGCCAGGAGGACAGGAGAGUUCUGGGACUGGAGCUGGAUAAAGACCACCAUGCUCUGUUCGUAGCCUUCAGCAGCUGUGUGAUCAGAGUGCCGCUCAGCCGCUGCACGCAGCACGCCGCCUGUAAGAGAGCCUGCCUUGCCUCCCGUGACCCAUACUGCAUCUGGCUGUGGACCGGGAGUUGUGCCAACAUGGCUCCAGGUUUCAAGGCCGGGUUUGAACAGGACAUCGAGGGCGACCACUCGCUUCACCCCGACAGCUGCCGCGCUGAUGUGAUGGCGACCACACGGAAACAGGAGGCCGCCGGCGCUGCAGCUGACUACGGUGUCAGCCGUCUUCCGGAGAUGGACCAGCGCGCCGCCGCUAACGUCCACUACACGCUGCUGAUCGCCUGCGUGCUGGUGGCCUUCUGCCUGGGCGCCAUCUUGUCGGGUUUCCUGGUGUCGUGCUACUGCGGCCGCAGCGCCGCCCAGCGGGCGCGGAGGCUGGGGAAGGACCCCGAGGUGUCGCUGCCGCACGCCCUGUCGCUGCGAUCCCUCGCCAAGCUCAACGGGCUGCUGGAUGGUCAGCCGAAGGAGGACAAACAUGACGUGUCCACCCCGAAGAUGUACAGCUCCUUUAUCCCCAAGGGGGGGGGCGAGCCUCAUCUGCACACGCCGGGACACCCGGGCCUGGUGCUGGGAGACCCCGACCUCAGCCUGUCCCAGUCUCUGUCUCAGGCCGAGGGCGAGCUGUCCGGUCUGCCCACACCUGACUCCACGCCCGAGCUCCCCAUCAAGAGCAUGAAGGCGCUGCGUCACCAUCAGUACGAGAGGAACCACAACGGCAACAACGCCUCGGACGCCAGUCCUCUCCACGGCGGCCCCAGCUGCUCCGCGUCCAGCCUGGGCUUCAUGGCCGUGGUCGGGAACGCCGGGACCCAGCCGCCGACGUUUCCCUUCCCGCGUCACCACGGCAACAGUCUCAGCAACGGCGCGGCACACGGAGCGGGCGCCUCUUCCACUUCGCUGCACCUCCCGGAGGAGAGGAAGGUCUGUGAUGAGCGGGCGGCCGGCGCUGGGGGCGGCCCCGCCCACCCCCAUCACCACCACUCCCAGCAGUCCCUCCCGCAGGCGGUCGUGGACGUGUCGGCGCUGGACGAGCUGCUCAAACACAUCCACGAGGUCAGCGCGUCGGGCACGGGCGGCAUCAAAGUCCUCACCUCCACGUCCUCGUCCUCCCUGUUCCCCGGGCCGUCCGCCACGGGCCAUAACCAUAGCAACCACCACCACCACCACCACAACAACCACCACCACCAUCACGGACAGACACGCACGCACCACUACAACCACAACAACCACCACCACCACAACAGCAGCAGCAGCAGCAGUAGUAGCGUUCAGCCACAGCAGAUCCCAGAGACAGAGUAUUACAGCACCACCACGCUGCCGAGGGACUGCGUUCCCAAACGGUUGGACGCCAUGCCCCAAAACUCAGCGUCGUCCUCCGCCAACGUGCCGUCUUCCUCGUGCACGCCGCUCCAGCGGCAGACGAUCCCGGAGACGCCCGUGACGCGCCACUUGUCGCAGCGCCAUUCGCUCAUCAAAAUGGGCAGUGCAGGCGGUGGAGUGCCGCGCCACCACAGCUUCAACCAGCACGCGCACUUCCUGGCCCGGAUGAACACCAACAACAGCAGCAGCAACGGGCCGCCGGGCGCCAACGCAACCACAAACGGCGCCAGGCAGCGUGCGUCUGUGGCGUCCGCGGCUUGCCUGACGCGCCAGCACAGCUACAGCGAAGGGCCGAACUCGCAGCGGGCAGCCGCGGUCGUCCGCAGAUCGGUGUCUCUCAAACCCCAAGUCCCGCCAAAGCCACUGUUCCUCCCGAACGCGGCGGCAGCGGCGGCGGCUUCGUCGCCGGUAGCAGAGGCGGGAAAGUACAAAUACUGAAACUUUGUAACGGGGAGAAAGUGCCGCACGUCAUACUCAGAUUCUAGUCAGAAUAUGAGUCUGAUUCUGCUCCGUUGGGCUGGGUUUAUGGGCGCCUUGUUUCAACCCUAACCAGGAAAGAAAGAAAAUGCCUCUGCACUCAAUUGGAUAAACCUACAACCAAUCAGAGCAAUGGAGACAGACAGUCACAGAAGCUGCAAGUCAAAGGCAGGCAAAAGGCAGAGGUCGGCAGUUUCCGUGUCGUGUGCGGUAGCAGAGGCGGGAAAGUACAAAUACUGAAACUUGUAAGGGGAGAAAAGUGCCGCGCGUCAGAUGUCUGCACGUCGGACGCAAAAUGUACGCAAGAAAGGACAAAACGAGCAGCCUGACGUGGUCAGACUCAGAUUCUAGUCAGAAUCUGAGUCUGAUUCUGCUCCAUUGGGCUGUGGUUAUUGGGGUUGUGUUUCAACCCAACCAGGAAAGAAAGAAAAUACCUCUGCUCUCAAUUGGAUAGAACCUACAACCAAUCAGAGCAAAGGAUAGACCUACAAACCAAUCAGAGCAAACGGAGACGGACGACACAGAAGCUGCGAGUCAAAGGCAGGCUCCUCUUUUAAAAUCAUCUUUGUUGUAAAACGAAGUCCAGACCGAACGAAUGUUGUGUGGGCGGGGCUAAGUUCGGGCUGGCAUCCAGGCUACAAAGUGAGAGCGUCGAUGAGACGAAAGAAGAGACUUCCGAGCCUGUUUGUCCGCCAACGUUCCUCGUUACUACCCUCUUUCAGUUGUUGGUUAUCUUCCCGCUGGGAGGCCACCACCCUUGCUGCCUCUCUUGAGUCACAACUGCUGCUUUCGCUCGCAGAGCAGAGCCGACAGAAAAGAGCCACAGAGACGCUCGAAAGAUUGACCCAAAAACAAGCGAGUGGCGACUUUCUCCCUCUCGACAUACUUGCGGAGCAACAAACCGACUCAAGACGAGCCAGAGAAAAACAUUCCAGAAAGCAGGGCGAAAGUUGUUAAAUGAUUAAAAAAAAAAAAAGGGAGUCCCCAAGGCUGCGAGAUGGCCUGGAAAAUAAAAAUCCUUGAUUAAUGCAGUUUUCUUACGAGCGCUUUGAUCUGAUGUCCCCGGUUAUUGCACCUUGGCACGGGGCCCGGGUUUUUUCUUUUUGCAAAUACUUGCAGAAAAGCUGGAAAAUCAGACAUGAACUGAGUCUGGGACCACUGGGAGUGUUUGGGACAUUUCUGCAGGACUUUGAGUCAAACGGAAAGGGAAAUCAAAGGGAAAAAAAAUCAUACAAUAUGUCAAAAAAAAUGCCCAGAGGGUAAUUCUUUUAUUUUUUUUUCUCCUUUUGAAAAUCUGUUUUUACGCCUGAUGUGGAUCAGCGCUCUGCGGCUUUAAGUCACAACACACACACACACACACACACACAGAGACAUAAAACACACACACGCACACACAUAGAGACACACACAC